AUGAUCACAGACAUUUCCAGUGACCGAAGAUCCCACAGAAGAAUGAGACAUGGGUCGAUAUAAAAAACGUCAAAAACUCAAAAGAUCAGGUCUAUGGGAAGAGGCAGGAGGGACCGAUUCUAUAAUAGAAAAGCUGCAGAAAGCUGAUAUUUUGAAUAGAAACACUGAAUAUUCCUCAGAUAUAUGGUCAGAGCUUGCAUUAAGUUUUUUUAGUGAGGACUCACUAAAAAACCGUCGUUGGUGUUGGACUAUGUGGACCAAAAACCGCAAUGGCCUGAGAGAAAGGCUAGCUACAGCAGCAGCGAGACAAGAAAUACAGCCAAGAGUUCAAGAUGCGGAAACCUCACAGCCUGUAUACCAAGAGCCCACAGAGUUCGAUUCGACACUUCAAACAACACCAACCGAGGAACUCCUGGCUGGGAGCAUGACUGAAUGUCUCAGUAAAAAAGUGUUGAAGGUAAUACGCUCGGAAAUAAGAAAGCAGGAAUACAUUAACACCAUGAAGGAAAUAUUCUUAAUGCAGACAAUAUUUAAGGACAUUGACGAAAGAUACUUCAAACUGCCAGGCUACAUACAGCAUUUCGGUAUGAAUUCGUUCAGUGUUCAUUUGUACACUGAGUUGGGCAUCAACAUUCUUGUGCAUCAUUUGCAAAGUAGGUCUCCUGUUUGCCUCUAUCUUGAUGCCACUGGUGGUGUUGUGUCAAAAAUUCCAGAACAGCCAAACCCGGUGUUGUACUAUGCGCUCACUCUUCCAGGAAAUGCAGGUCGAGAUGCACCACCACUCCCUAUUUGUGAAUUGCUCUCCAAUGAUGAUACUGAGUGCUCAAUCACGUAUUGCCUCAUGCAAUUCACUUUCGAUUUAUCAAAGUACACCCAAAUAAAAAUUCACCAGGUCGAGACUGAUUACAGCUGGGCUUUAAUAAAAAGUGUGAUGCUUGCUUUCAACAACGAGCACAUCAGCGCUUACCUCAACAGAGCAUAUGACUUCUGCACGAACAAAAAAUCGGUGGAUGAAAUGAAGUCAUGUACUGUCCUGCACAUUUGCUCUGCACACAUUUUGCAAGCUGUGAGACAGGCAAUCUCUAGGCAAACAGAUGACAAAGGACUGAGAGACUUUGCCACAUAUGCUUUCGCAAGACUUCAAAAUGCCAGCAACAUGACUGAAUCAAGAAUGGUGUUCCGUGCAUUAUGUGCCUUGCUCACAACCCAACAAAACACAGACCUCGUCAAAGAAAGUCUGUGUAUUUUGGAGAGUGUCAUUUCAAGAUCCAAAGAGGAGCCACUGGAAGAAACUCCCCAAUCUGAAGACUGGGAAAUGUGUGAAAGUGAAGACAGAACACAUGCAACGACCAUCAGUGGCAAAUCACCAUUCUAUGCCUUUUUUCAGCAGAUUAUGGAAGAGGUGAAGGAAGAAAUGGUUGAUGAUGGCACAGGGUUGGCAACAGAAGACAACCCAUACUUUUGUCCAGGCAUCCUCACAGUCCUCUUUGAUACGUACCUUGCCAUCUUUCCUCUUUGGAGUGGCUUGCUGUUGGGAGACCUGACUAGGUAUGAAUGUCAUGAACAGGACAUGGUGACAACAAAGAAACUACCAAAAACAAGAGAUACCAACUGUCACACUGAAAGGUGGUUUGGAAUUGUCAAACAUUCCAUAAUGCAUAAAGGAAAAAAAGUCAACCCAGGGGUCUUCAUAAGAAAAAUGCGCAAAUCUCUUCAAGAGAGGUAUAGAGAGCAUAUCAUCAAGCAUGAACUUCCUCAAAAGCUUUUGUGCCAACCUGAGGAACCUUUGAACCUUGAUCAGUCUCAAGAAACUUGGAAGAAGGAAGAAUGUUUCCCUUCCACCAAAUCCAAAUUCUUUUCUGUUCCACAAAAAGUACCUGCUCCCCCAAAAAAGAUUGUCAAGAUGGACGUGGAAGUGGAAACUUCAAGUUCUGAUGCAUGUCAGCUUCCUGCAGAGGUACUCCAUGUAGAUGAAGAGAUCCACAGGCUAUGGAAGAAGGAGGCACAUACAGAGCUGCUUGUAGCCGUCGUGAGGUCUCCUAGCCAGGAUCUCGAGUUCCUUUUACAUCACAAGGAAUUCAAUGCACUGAGGCCACACGAAUGGUUAUUUGGAGAGACUAUUGAGUGCUAUUUCAGAGCUCUACUUAAUAAGAAGGAUGCAAAUCUCUACCAGCUAAGCCAUUUCACCACAGGUGUCGUUUUAAAUGGCACAAGAGAGCAGAUGGAACAGCAAGGAUUGCGAAAAGUCAACUUUGAGCAAUAUGAUGGGGUCAUCACUUUUGCAAAUAUCACCCAAAAUCACUGGAGGUUUGUGUUUCUACAUGCUCAGACUGACACCCUUUUCGUGCUUGACUCUCUGAGUGGUACAAAUGAAAUGCAAGAAGCCGAAAAGGCAUGCCAAAAAUUCGGAGAAUUUUUCCAAAUGAGAAGAAAUCUGCAUGGAAGAGAACACUGGGUGGACAAGAAGUGGAAACCUGCCACAAUCCAACAUUCUUUUCAGGAGGAGGGUUGCAGCUGUGCUGUCUUUGUGAUGCUGAUGGCGAAACAGGUGGUGGAAGAGUUCCCAAAAAUUCCUGACAUCAUAAAUAUAACACCCAGCAAGGAGAUGAUGUGCCACUACAGGGAAAAUGUGGCCAAAGAUAUUUUGCUGGCAUCAGUGUCAACUGGGGAGUAUUGCUCUGUGUGUGGACAAAAAGAAAUACCCCCAAAAGAGGAGCAAUGCUCUAAGUGUGAACACAAAGAAAGUCAUCACAAAGAUGAUCAAUGCUCAAAGUGUGGAUACAGACAAAGAGAUCCAGUAGAGGUGCUCUGCAACUGGAUUCAGUGUGCAAUUUGUCUGAGAUGGUAUCAUGUGCAGUGUCUCAACAUUAAAGUGCCACCAGAACAACAAUCAUGGAUGUGUAAUUUGUGUUCAUAAACUAUUCUGGUAGAGGAGCUUAUGCUGAAAGUGUUCUUACAUUGUAAGAAAAAAAGUAUUGCCUAUUUGAUGUGUUAUGUAAAACUUUACACUUUUUUAGUAUUCGGUAUGAUUCAUAUUGUUGUGUUGCUUGUUGUCCUCUGCUGGUCUUUUAUGUGAAUGAAUUUUGGGGGAAGAAAUACUUGCAUUUGGGAGGUUGAAAUAUUUGUGAUAUUGGAUAAUUUCAUAGUUGACUUUUUAUUAUCUACAAAACAUUUUGAUAUGUUAUGUAAAUACUUUACACUUUUUUAGUAUUCGGUAUGAUUCAUAUUGUUGUGUUGCUUGUUGCCCUCUGCUGGUGUUUUAUGUGAAUAAUUUUUGGGGGAAGAAAUACUUGCAUUUGGGAGGUCAAAAUAUUUGUGAUAUUAGAUCAUUUCAUAGUUGACUUUUUAUUAUCUACAAAAAACAUUUAAAACACCUAAUUUUCUUUCUUCUUUUUUUUCAUAAUUAGGAUGCAAGUGAAGCGAUAUGAACAAUCUAAGGGUUUUCAAUAACAAUCUCUUUUACUUUAAGAAAGUGUUGUGGUUUAUGCUCUAUGUAAAAAAUGACUUGUCAAAGAUCUUUGAUUACAGAAGUGUUAUUACUUUAUUGUACAACCAAGGAGAUAGCCUCUUCAGGAGACCACUCCAGAUUUCUGCUGUCGUCUCACUAUAUAUACAGGCACAAGUCCUUCGCCAUACAUCUUAUAGAUAUUCUGAGAAAUUUACCAUUUACCAUGUGACACAUAUUCUUCAGCUUGAAAUAUAUUUUUCCAUACAUUUAAACACAUUCCUUAAGCUUCAAAUUUCUCAUGAAUACAGCAUACUUUUUUACUAGCAGGCACACACCCUCCUGUAUAUAUUUGUGGAGUGAGACAUGCUAUAUCAUGCUGUAUUAUAGUCAAUUUCACUAUA